AGAAGCACUUUUACCUUUACAAUUUUACAUCUGAUCCCCCAUAUAUGCAUCUAAAUAGCAUUGUCCUUGCACAGAACUACAUCACACUUUGAGCCCAUAUUUAAUUUGUAAUCUAUCAUCCCUAGUAUCUUUCUCAGAUUCCUUCGUUUGAGAUAGCUGUCACUCACUUUUUGCCUGCACACCCUAGUGAUAAGACUUUAUGAGACAAAUUUGCAGCUCUCGCCUCCACUUUUGCACUCAGAGAUAUAUCUGAACGAGUAUCUGUGCUGCCUAGAUGUCAUUCUGAUGGGGGAUUUAGGAAUACCUAGUCAGCUGAAUAGAAAAUUGCUUGCAUAAUUGAGUGGGUGCUGGUACUAAUGUGUACACUUGUACAAAACAGAACUGUAAGAAGAUAGUUGGACCUUACUUUAAUGAUAAGGGUUCACAACACCUAAUGUUUUAAAGACAGAGGUUUCUGUGAAAUAGAAUGUGCUAGAAUAAUAAUUCUUUCAAGAUGCUGGUGGCUUUCUUUUCUUUAACUAGGAAGCUUCAGACAUAUCACCUCGGAAAGGGCUGGUUCUGACUCACACCAGGGCUGGUUUUGCCUGGGUGUGCGCGAAGAGGUUCUGAAUGGCAGCUCAGAUGCUCUUCAUAACCAUGGAUCAAGGAUCAGAAGCAAUAACUGAGAAGCCCUUUAGAAAAUCUGGCCAUUUAAUUUAGGUGCCUAAAUGGGAGCAAUUGAUGCUGAAAAUCUGUCCUGAAACAUACCUGAGUCGAGGUACUGAGAAUAGGCUAGCACUUCGACGACAGACAAUACUCCGGGAGAAAGGUAGAAGGCUGGCCAAUCGAGGACCAGCGUACAUGUUUAAUGAUCAUUCCACAAGCCUUUCUCUUGAUGAGGAGCGUUUUUUGGAUGCAGCAGAAUAUGGGAAUAUUCCCGUGAUUCGUAAAAUGCUGGAAGAAUGUACCUCACUAAACGUGAACUGUGUGGACUACAUGGGGCAGAAUGCUUUGCAGCUCGCAGUCGCCAAUGAGCAUCUGGAGAUUACAGAACUUUUACUGAAGAAGGAGAACCUCUCCCGGGUUGGGGAUGCCUUGCUCUUGGCUAUUAGUAAAGGUUAUAUUCGGAUAGUGGAAGCCAUCCUAAAUCAUCCUGCAUUUGCUGAAGGCAAGAGACUUGCAUUAAGUCCCAGCCAAUCAGAAUUCCAGCAUGAUGACUUUUAUGCAUACGAUGAAGAUGGAACCCGGUUCUCCCAUGAUGUUACCCCAAUCAUUCUGGCUGCUCACUGCCAUGAAUAUGAAAUUGUCCACACCCUUCUGAGAAAAGGUGCUCGCAUUGAAAGGCCACAUGACUAUUUCUGCAAAUGCAGUGAGUGCAAUCAGAAGCAAAAACAUGACUCUUUCAGCCAUUCUAGGUCCAGAAUCAAUGCUUACAAAGGUCUGGCGAGUCCUGCUUACCUCUCCUUGUCCAGUGAAGACCCGGUAAUGACUGCCUUAGAACUUAGCAAUGAGCUGGCUGUGCUUGCAAAUAUUGAAAAAGAAUUCAAGAAUGAUUACAAAAAAUUGUCUAUGCAAUGCAAAGAUUUUGUAGUUGGACUCCUCGAUUUGUGCAGAAAUACUGAAGAAGUGGAAGCUAUUUUGAACGGAGAUGUGGAGAUGAGCCAUAAUAGUGGAGAACAUGGUCGUCCCAGUCUUAGCCGCUUAAAACUUGCCAUUAAAUAUGAAGUCAAAAAAUUUGUAGCACAUCCAAACUGCCAGCAACAACUUCUGUCAAUCUGGUAUGAAAAUCUCUCAGGUUUACGUCAGCAGACCAUGGCAGUGAAGUUUCUAGUUGUUCUUGCAGUUGCAGUAGGGCUGCCAUUCCUGUCAGUGGUUUACUGGAUUGCUCCAUGCAGCAAGCUGGGGAGGAUAAUGCGUGGACCGUUUAUGAAGUUUGUAGCACAUGCAGCCUCUUUCACCAUUUUUCUUGGUCUGCUAGUCAUGAACGCAUCUGACAGAUUUGAAGGCACCAAACUCCUACCUAAUGAAACUAGAACAGAUAAUGCAAAACAGCUAUUCAGAAUGAAAACAUCCUGCUUCUCAUGGAUGGAGAUGCUCAUUAUCUCUUGGGUAAUAGGCAUGAUAUGGGCUGAAUGUAAAGAAAUUUGGUCUCAAGGGCCCAAGGAAUAUCUGUUUGAGUUAUGGAAUAUGCUUGAUUUUGGUAUGUUAGCCAUUUUUGCAGCAUCAUUCAUUGCAAGAUUUAUGGCAUUUUGGCAUGCUUCCAGAGCCCAGGUCAUUGUUGAUGCAAUUACUAAUGUGAAGGACUUGGCAAGUGCAACAUUGGAUUCCAACAUAAAAUACUACACAUUGGCGAGAAUAAACUGGGAUCCAUCUGAUCCACAAAUCAUAUCUGAAGGCCUGUACGCAAUAGCUGUUGUUUUAAGUUUCUCCAGAAUAGCCUACAUUCUCCCAGCCAAUGAAAGCUUUGGACCUCUACAGAUAUCACUUGGCAGAACUGUGAAAGACAUCUUCAAGUUCAUGGUAAUAUUUAUCAUGGUGUUUGUGGCCUUCAUGAUAGGAAUGUUUAAUCUCUAUUCCUACUACCGUGGGGCCAAACAAAAUGAAGCAUUCACAACAGUUGAAGAAAGCUUUAAGACAUUGUUCUGGGCUAUAUUCGGACUUUCAGAAGUAAAAUCAGUUGUCAUCAAUUAUAAACACAAAUUUAUUGAGAAUAUUGGUUAUGUCCUUUAUGGAGUCUAUAAUGUUACUAUGGUCAUUGUUUUAUUGAACAUGCUAAUUGCAAUGAUCAACAGCUCUUUCCAGGAGAUUGAGGAUGAUGCUGAUGUGGAAUGGAAGUUUGCUAGGGCUAAACUCUGGUUUUCCUACUUUGAAGAGGGGAGAACUCUUCCUGUACCCUUCAACCUAGUGCCAACUCCAAAAUCUUUGCUUUAUCUCAUACUCAGAAUAAAAAAAUGGAUCUCUAAAGUGUACCUAUGCCAUAAGAAUGGUUUUCAGGAAGAUGCAGAGAUGAAUAAGCUUGGACAAAGUAAGCAGUCAAGUAUAAGAAGCACAGAUGAUCUCCAUUUAAAUAGCUUAAGUAAUCCUCCACGACAAUACCAGAAGAUAAUGAAGCGUCUCAUUAAAAGAUAUGUACUCAAAGCUCAGAUAGACAAGGAGAAUGAUGAAGUCAAUGAAGGGGAACUGAAGGAAAUUAAACAGGACAUCUCAAGUCUCCGUUAUGAACUUCUUGAGGAAAAAUCUCAGAACACAGAAGACCUGGCAGAACUCAUUAGAAAACUUGGGGAGAAACUUUUGAUUGAGCCCAGAGAGGAAGAAAGGAGGAGUUAACCUAAACAUUUAAACAAUGAACCAAAAAUUCAACAAUCCACUUCAAGCCAUAUUUAUCCUCCCUUAAUUUUUCAAGCUAAAUUCACAGUUUUAAAACAGAUCAAGAAAUAAAAUUAUUCCAGUUCUUUAAUGAAAAAUUGCAGUUGGCUAACCCCUUACAUCUGUGAUUGACAAAAAAAAGUCAUUUGAGAAAAGAUAUUUAUUUAUUUUACCCCCUCCAGAAAAAAAUUAAUCUUAGAUUACUCAAUGUGCAGUUUCCUUCUUUACAAAUAUAUCAGCUAAGGCUUGACUAGUCCAUCCAUUAAUGAUUAAAACUGUUGGCUCUGUAAAUCUAAACUCGUAUCUUAACCUCUUAUCAUAUUUUCUGUAGCUUCCUUUCCUAAAUAUACAUAAGUAUAAUUGAACAAAAUGGAAGAGAAAAAGGCAUAUAAGGCCUGGUCUAAAAACACCCCAAAUCAAAAUCCAUUUAUUUUUCAAAAUAAAAUGUUCCCAAGUGGGGGUGGGGAGGAGGCUUUCUGCUCAAUUUGCAAAUAAAAGGCAAAACAAUGGAAGUAAUUUAUUCUGAAUGUUUCCUUGUGGAGAUUUGUCGUGACAUCAUGUGAGCUGCCUCCUUACCACUCACUGGUUUUCAACAAACCAAUACUGAGCUAUCCUUCCAGGAAGCUGCAUUCCAAUGGGAGUUACUGCAUUGAGAAAAGAACACCUUUCACAAAGUUUUAUUGAAAAGCUAUUGUUGAAGUCCAAAGCAAAGCCCCCAAUCCAAAUCUGCCUGAACCUUGGAGAAGUUCUGAUCGUUUUCCAUCUUCUGAGCUGCCCCAAUUUCUAUAAUGUCUUGAACCACACCAGCAGCUCUGAACACUCCCAAAUUUUAGAGGAGUUUGCAUCUGGAUCAUUUUGUUGGCACACUUUCAUCUAGGAAGGACCAAACCAAACUCUAGAUGCUAACCUCUCUGAGUUCUUGGAAGCUUUUGCAUCUGGAUAUGAACAUCUUCAAAGUGGAAAUAAUUUGUUUUAUCUGGGCCCAUUUCUAGCAAAAAGAAAAUCAUCGUCUGACAGUAAUAGCUUUUUAAACUUUGUGGAACAUGUUUUUUUGUAGAAAGUAUUAGACUCUAAACAUCUCCAUCUCUCCCUUUUAUACUGGAAGUAUAAAAAAAUAGUCAUUGCCCAGGAAAUUUUUUCCAGAUUAUGGUUUUUAGUGUCUAACUGAGUGAGCUGAAAGAUAAUUUUCUUGGUCAAAUUAUAAUUAUUUUGGAAGGGGGAUAAACUAUAAAUACAUGGUGGGGGUGGGCUUCUGUCUUUUCUGGAGUGUAAUCCAAGUUGUUAUUAAGGUCAGCGCUCCUAGAGUACAUCCACUUUGAUCCAUAAAAGUUCUGUGAUUCUGUGAAACUUCUUAGCCUUACCAGCUCAGCUAGUAAUGGAGAGUGUGGGAAAACUAUGUAUUGCAGGCCUCAGACUCAAUGAUCUCAGGGUUUAGAAACUUUAAAGGGCCUCUCUCAGGGAGGAGAAGGAAAAAGAGUUUUUCAGAGGUGCCAGAACAAUGUCAUUAUAAUUAUGCAUGAAACCACAGUGGCUAAGGGUGAGGAAAACUAUGGCACCCACAAUGGCCACCCUUAACUUUAAUCACUUGCCUUAAAUAAUUAAAAAGCAUGAUCUCUUUAUCUGCUGUACUCCCUAUUGUGAGGAUAGGGAGUACUGCAAACACUGAGAUGCCCUUGUCUAUGUGUCUCAGGCUUUACGGUCUACUUUUUACAUUGACUAGUGAACCUAAAGCAGUUAAGGUUUUGACUCCCAUUGGAAGUCAAUGGGAGUUAGACUCUUAGCUCCUUUAUGCCCUUUGAAAGUCCCAGCCUAUAUAGUUAGGGUAAAAUUAGACUUUGACUUUAAGUGUCCAACUCAGAACACUUUGGGCCUGAUUUUUAGAGAUGUUUAGUUCUUCCCACUACAGUGGGAGCUCAAAGUGCUCAGUUUCUCUGAAAUCAGGCCUAAUUUGUCCAGAGCAGGUCCCCCAAAAUUAGCAAACUCUUUUGAAAAUUUGGCUGCUAGAAUCUUUAGAUAACAAUUGCAACAGAAUUAUCCUUUUAAUAUUAGAAACUUCUUGAUGAUGUUCAUUCUAAUUUACAAUUUGGAUCCAUAACAUAUAAUAUUAAAUCGUGGUUAAAACUUGAAACUGCAUAAACCUAAUAUAAGGAAAAUGUUUACUAAAUAGAUAACAAGGAAAAAAAGCAGGUACUAUUGAAGUGAAUAUUUUUAUUGCAGAGGUUAAAUGAACGCUGUAAAUAUGUUUAAGCCCAAAUUUUUACUUUCCUUAAAACUGAAGGACCGUAAUGUACAUACUGUAUUCAUGAAGAUAUGCAUAUGGAUUUUUUUUAGUCAAUGAAGAUAUUUUAUAUGUGGUUAUUACAAAUGGAAAAAUUUGUUUAAAAUAUUGAAGCAGUCCAAUGCCAAAUGUAGUAUGACAGACAAUGUAGUAAUUCAAAUGAACACCCUACCAAAUACAUUAUGAGAUAAAUUAAAA